AAUCCUCGACGAAGCAUUUGCGUCCAUUUGUAAAUAGAAGAUUUAUUUUGUAUACUGUUAAAUAAUGCGGAAUUUCACGGCAGCGACCCACACUUUGAGCUUCCCAGAGCAAAUAGAGUGCUUUGAGUUUUGCGACAGUGAUUUUGCCUGCAACUUGUUAGCGCUUGGCAGUAGUAAAAAAAUAAUAUUAGGACUCAUUAGUUUGCCGGAAGAAUCUGGUUGUUUCGACUGGAAGCGUUUAAAAGACUUAUAUCAUGAGAGCCGUUGUGUGUCGCUAUGCUUUGCCCCAGAAACUUCGCUAGUGGUUGUACCAAAAUCGGUAAUAUUUUGCGCGGCUGGCGCCGAUUUUCGCCUGCGUAUAUUUCGUACUGAUUUGCAGAAUUCCGAUACUGUUCAAAUACUAAAUGGUCACACUAACUACAUAAAUCAAGUCAUAUGGGACUGUAAUGGCGAGUUUCUGGCAUCUGUUGGUGACGAUAAUACUUGCCGAAUUUGGGAUACGAAAACUAAUUUUGAAAAUAGCGUGACAUUUCAUUUGCUAUCGGCCGGUAUGUCUGUAAAAUGUCACCCAGAGGAGCCGCAUAAAGUACUCGUGGCAGAAAAGAGGGGUGUCAUCCACUUGUACAAUAUUCAGACGCAGGCCCCGCUUAUAUCUGUUGAAGCGCAAAAGUGUCCACUCCGUUCGGUGGAUUGGUGCCCGCUUAAUCGUAUGUGCAUUACAGCACUUGUAGCUGGAGAUAUAGUUACUUGGGAUUUGCGACGUCCCUUACCUAUCGAUAUAAAGCAAGUGCACGAGGACGGUGGGCAUAUCGUGCGCAUAGCGCCCAAUGCAGAGACAGUAGUAGCGAGUGUCGGUCGACCCGAUGUUUCAGUUAAGGUUUUCACUGCCAAAUCGAGAAUACCUCUCGUUGACGCUACGCUCAAAUUGUACGGCGGUAUGUCGUGGCACCAUCGCUUACCGUACAUUGGAGUUGCUUCAGAUCGUAAAUUAUAUCUAUGGAAAUUGCAAAUCAAAUAAAUUCAAGAUUUUGUUUUAUUACAAAAAUUUCAAAGUUAA